CGUAUGCAUUGGCGAAAGCAUUGCCAGCUAUCAGUAUUAGUUCGGCCGUCCUCAUGUGCGCACUCGAGGCGCUCUACGCGACACCGUUACGACCAUUUCAUUAGAGAAAAACGAACUUUUACGCGUACGAGACUUCGAUGUGAUAGAGUGAGGUUAACCGGAACAGUAAAACAGUAGUCGGGAAGUAAAAUAAUUUUAAAACGUUGACACUUGUUUUAACAUCGUUAAUUAUAAUAAAAAGGAAAGAAGAAAAGUGUUUUUCCAAGAUACAAGAUCUGUCGAAACAAUCGAACGUUUGAUUAUUCUCUUCCUCGUUUAACCGGUUAAUCGAUAGAAGAUUAUUAAUAACUUUUACUGUUGCGGCAAUAACGCCAGUGUAAACGAACAGUAUCUUCUGAUUUGUUAUGUUUAAAAUCUUUUAUAUACAAUCGUUGAUGAAAAUGUCCAGUGAUUGUUGAUAUUACGUAAAGAAUAUACGACGUGCGGAGUAUGAAUCGUGUUGCAACGUAAAGAUAAAUAAUCGAAUUAAAUUAGUUUUAUUCGCGUAAUUCUUCUGGACACAACUCGUGUAAUCCAUUUGAAAUAAGUCAUUCGCGAAGCCGUAUCGAAUAACCGAUCUUUUUUUUUUCCUUUCUCGUCCUUUGCCUCUGUCAGCGUCGAACGAGUCCGGAUAUACGCUUGUUUUUCAUAACGGUCUGGAAGUAAACAAAACAGUCUGUUCGAUCGGUCAUUGGUAACAGAAAUAGUCCCGAUGAAAAUGGACGGAUAUUAACGGUACGAUUUUGCAUGUGUGUGCAUGUGCGUACAUAUGCGUACGUAUGUAUCAAGAGAAGAUAAAAGAGUCGGAAAAUCUUGGAUUGAUAUCUAAGAAAUCUUAUUUAAACAUCAUUCUUGCGAUAAAAAUCAAAUAAAAUUUUUCUAUAAUGGAAAAUAUUAAUAAGAUUAAGUGUGUUUUUUGAAAUUUCGUGAAAUGUGUCAUAUUGUUGCAUCCAUGAUGGCGAUAGGAUUUCGCAGGAUGUCAAAAAAUUGUUCAACGGGACUUGAUCUUAAAUAAGAACGAUCGAUCGAUUCUGCAAUUCUACGUUGCGUUAAGUUAACGUUCUCUUUAAGAUGAUUUGAAAAUCUAUGAAAUAUAAUGAAGAUAUAGAAAUUUUAAUCGGAUAACCAAAAAUUAUGAGAAAUUUUUUUUUUAAACAUUUAUCAAUAAUUUUUGUUUAAAAAUCUGAAUUUAUUAACUAUUUUUAUGUAUAAAAAAAAUAGUCAUACAAAAGUGUCCAAUAUCAAAAAAUUUAUGUGAAUCGAAGAAUUUUUAAGAAACAAAUUAAUCUCGAGCGUUCUCGGCCCGAUAAAAUUUGAAUGAAUUGUGGAAGAUCAACUUAAAUUUUAUCAUACGCGAGACUUAUUUAAAGUUGAUAUUGUGAAAUAUAAGAUGAUGAUACGUGGUGUGUGGUAAAUGUUUUGGCAAAUGGGAAUAUCUUGAUAUUUUCGAGGAUCGAAAUUGCCAUUGUGACUUUUACAAGGAUUAGAAGAACAAGUGUUGGUGCGUCAUGAAUACACCGCGAGAGCCGAAGCAGUACCGUUCGCCGUAUGGGUGCCUGGGUUGACGAUCGUUUCGCGGCGGAGGAGGCGGUCCCGAUUAUCCAGGGCCCGAGGAGAAGGAAGGCGUCCCGCGUACCGGGCCACGUUUGCGAUGGUUGCGGCCCAGACGCGAUACACCGCCGCCAGUGUCUCGCCACCACCGACCUCGCCGAUUCGCGCGUAUCGCCGUCGUCCUUGCUGCCGUUGCGCCGCCAGUUCACUAGACAGCUCUACGAGUGGCCGGGUUUACCGUUGUUCAAAUCAAGGACGAAACUAGACCAGUUUUGAACAGUUUCCCACGCGAUGAUCGCUUCUUCUUUCUAGCCUUUCUUCUUUCGAGUGCUUAAACGAGUAGAGGCAAAAAAGGAUAAAACAGAAGAGGAGAGAAGUCUCUGAUCGGUGCGUAGUGGUGGUUAGUAGGGACGAGAAAAAUAGGGGUGGAGGAAGGAAUAUUCGAUGUGGUCGCGUUGGCCGGUGGAGGAGGACUGCGCUUGAACGGCGGGCUCCUCCCUUAUCGUUGGUCGUCCGAGGCAUCGUCAUGGCCGAGUGGGCCAAGUUCAACGGCGAGGAGAGGCUGACUCGAUCGUCGUCGAGGAACAACAAGGAGGUGGACGCGGAGGCGAGGAGGAGCAGCGAGGGGGAGAGGUGUUCCUCGUCCCAGGGAGGCAGAAUCAGCCGGGAGGCGACGCCGGUUAGGGCGGCGGGUUCGGGGAAAGGGAGCGACGACGAGUCGAGCUAUUCCUCCUCGAGGCAGAGGAGGAAUUCGGAUCGAAUCGGUAUCCUGUCCGAGGAACGGUCGAAAUGUUGCAACGACCAGAGUUACUACGUGAACUCGAUCGUGAGCGAGAAGGACGAGGAGAUUCGGAACUGCUUGGAGAGGAAGGCGUCGAGCGUCGGAUACGAGGAGGCUGGGUCGAAGAUACGGGAGGAGGCGAGGCUCGAGUUGUCGAACGAAUCGUCGUCGGUGAAGAAGCCCGACAGUUUGUACAAGAAGGAUAGGAAGAGCGUCGCGGCGAGCCCGGCCAAGCGUAAAAGCGUCUUCGCCGAGAGGAACUCGAUAUUCGCCUCGCCGACCAAGAUCCUGUCCAAGAAUCAAUCCUCGUCCCAGAAGAGUACGGAGAAACUGGUGAACGGGAAGUUGGGCAGGGAGGACAGGCAGCAGCACCACGUGCAAUUCAACAAGGACUCGAAGAGGCAGCAGGGAUCGAGGGACGCGCAGAGGCCCCAGUCGAGCCCCUCGAUCCCUCCGUCGACGACCAACAGCUCGGACGACAACUCGAGCCUGGGCCAACUCUGCGAGGCCACGCCGCCCGACGGCGGUUGGGGUUGGGUGGUGGUCGCUGCUUCGUUCAUGGUCAACCUGAUCGCGGACGGCAUCACGUUCUCGUUCGGGGUGAUCUACGUCGAGUUCCUGAAUUAUUUCGGGGAGGGCAAGUCGAAGACGGCCUGGAUAGGGAGCCUGUUCAUGGCGAUGCCGCUGUUGUCGGGCCCCGUGGCGAGUUUCCUCACCGACAGAUACGGUUGUCGGAGGGUGUCCAUAGCGGGCAGCAUCCUGGCCACGGCCGGUUUCGUAAUAAGCUCAUACGCGAACUCGAUGGAAGUUUUGAUAUUCACGUUCGGCGUCCUCGCCGGUUUCGGUUUGUCCCUGUGCUUCGUCGCGGCCGUGGUCAUAGUCGCCUAUUACUUCGACAAGAAGAGAUCGUUCGCCACCGGGCUGUCCGUGUGCGGGAGCGGUAUAGGGACGUUCAUAUUCGCCCCCGUGACCCAGUACCUGCUCGCCGAGUACGGUUGGCGGGGGACCACGUUGAUACUGGCAGGCCUGUUCCUCAACCUGGCCGUGUGCGGCUGCCUGAUGAGGGACCUCGAGUGGACGACGAUCAGGGCGAAGGCGAAGACCGAGGAGAGGCGGAAGAAUCGGGAGAGGAAGAGGGGCAGGAUACAGAGCUCGAGCGUGGACUCGUUCUCGGCCAACAGCUCGCUCAACACUCUCACGAUCAUGGACAACCUUCGGAUACAGGAGAAGGAGGAGGACGACGAGAAGCUGUUCUCCAGUCUGGUGAGCUUGCCUACGUUCGUGAAGAACAGCGAGAAGGUGCCGUUGGAGGUAUUGGAACUUCUGAGCACGCGUAAGAACGUGUACAACGUGUUGCUGCAAAAUUAUCCGAGCUUGCUCAUCUCCUCGAGAAGUUUCAGCGACUCUGGGCCCCUCCACGAUCAGCUGAGCACGCCUUCCGCCCGAUUCGUCCCCACCCCCAGCUCCCUGUCCGAGCUGAAGAGCGAGGAGGCGAAGGACGAGGGGAAGGUGUUGGCGAGCAACGACGAGCAAACCCUUCAACAGCAGACGGACGCCGCUUGGCGGCUCUGGUGGUCCAAGAAGAUCAAUCUGGACAGCUCGUUGAGAAGAUCCAGCACCUUCGACCAUACCAGGAGAUUGCCCACCGCUUACUUGAAGGAUAUCAGAGUGCACAGGCACAGCCUCACCUACAGAGGGGCUAUGCUGAACAUAAAUCGAUACAGGCUCAGGGCGUCCAGUUGCCCGGAUAUUUAUAGGAACUCGAUGACCACCAUAGCCAAGACCAAGCUCGUGUGGUACGCCGGCCUGUGGGAAUUCUGGGACCUGGUCGUCGACAUGCUCGACUUCUCCCACUUCGCCGACUCCCGCUUCCUGCUAUUCGCCAUCAGCAAUUUCCUCCUUCACACCUGGUACGACGUCCCCUACGUCUACUUGACGGACAACGCGAUCGAGAUGGGAUUCAGCGAAACCGAUGCCUCCAUCUUGAUAUCGGUUAUAGGGAUAUCCAAUAUGAGUGGCGAGAUUCUCCUUGGUUGGGCAGGCGACAAAGCAUGGGUAAAUGCAUCUAUCGUGUACGCGGUGUGCAUGGCCCUCUGCGGUGCGGUGACAGCUUUAAUACCUAUGGUAGUUGGCAAUUACUAUGCUUUGUGCGCAAUCUCUGGUGCUUUUGGAUUAUUCAUCGGGGCAAAUUAUAGUCUUACCAGCAUCAUCCUCGUCGAACUGAUCACGCUCGAAAGAUUUACAAACGCGUACGGCCUUUUGCUCUUGGUCCAAGGUGUUGCCAAUCUCAUGGGCCCUCCGUUGGCUGGAUGGCUUUACGACAUCACAGGGACGUACGAUCUGUCGUUUUAUUUGGCCGGUUUCUUCAUCGCGUUAAGCGGAGUUCUGUUGCUGGCCAUGCCUUUGAUUAGCCUCUAUCGAAAAUGUUUGAACGGAUCCAGGAAGGAAGAGGCCGAUAAGGAUUUCGCGAACAUGAACAGAGUUUGAACUAGUAUUAAAGACGAUUGAUGUACUGGUCGAGGAAACUCGUCGAUCAUCGAUCAACAACGAUGCGCAUCGUUGUAUUUAUCAAUUCAACGGAAUUUAUGGAAACAUAACACUUCCAAGCAAAAGGAAUUGCAAUUAGCACCUGUACAAUUAGUUUUACACAGCGGUAAUCUUUUAAUACCCGCAUAACGUGUUAAAAUCGAUCGCGUGUUCUCACGUUCAAUUAAAACGUUCGUGGUUCCUUCAUAGAAAUAGCGUAUACACGAGUUGUUCGAACAAUCAAGCUCCGCGAUUAAGGCGAAUUCGUCCGAAAGAAAAGAGAAGGAAAAAGAAAAAAAAAGAAAGGAAGGAAGGAAGGAAAAGAAACAACGUUUUUUGAGAUAUCUUCUUUCAUUCGAGGAUUUAUACGUCUUUUAAGUUUCGCGCGUGAUAUUUAAACGGAUCGAUCGAUUUAACGAUGUAAAAAAUAAGCGAGAUCUAUUGUUGAUAACCAUGUCCGAAGAUAAUGUUACGAAUGAUCUGUUACAAGAUUUAUGUCGAUACGUAAAAUCGAUCGAAUGAGUUCACACGUAUGUUCGCGAUCAACAUUUUAUUUACGAUAUUUACAUAAAUCUUGUUCUAACUCUCACUUUAUAUCCAGCGAACACGAAUAAAUAAUCGUACUAAUAACGGUAUUAGACACAAGAGUUAGGCAAAAACGUUGCUAACUUCUCACAGUUGAAAAAUAUUGAUAAUCGUUGAAAUAAUAAUAAUAAUAAUAAAAUAAAAGAAAAAAAAAACAAUUGUAACGGAGGAACAGAAGUUUAUGAUUAGAUAGCGAAUCGAUAUCACGAUAAAAAAAAAGUAAUAUCAAUUAAAAUAAGAUAAUGCUUGCUUUAGCAAUAAAGUGCACAGACUAUGCGAAUCGUUUCUAAGCGUUAAGCGUGAUCGAUAAUUAAGAAAAGUUUGAAUCUCAGGAUAAUAGAUAAAUGAUAAAAUAAUGAUAAUUUAAUAAACGGUCAACCAGUCUUUACUCUCCUCUAGGAUUAAAAUUCGUCUUGUACUUUUUCACGAUACACGUUCUCAAAGGAAAAAGUAAGAGGGAAAAGAGAGAAAAAAAAAAAAAAAAGAAAAAAAAGAAAGAAAGAAAAAAAAACACGUUCCUUUUUACGUAUAAACUUUUUCAUUCGAUUAUACGUAUAAAAUUUGACAAGUUAUUUCUAAAUAACGCCAAAGAUAUCAUUGUAAAUAUAAGUCAUAUGCGACAUAUAUAUAUAUAUAUAUAUCAAUAUGUAUAUUAAAGAUAUAUUAGGUUGAAUAAUUUCGUUAUUUUGUUGAUUUUGUUAUUAUCUUGAAUUAUCUUGAACCAGAAGUCGCCUUCACAUUUCAAUAAUACGUACGUUUAUAAUUUUAUGCCUUAAAUUUGUAUUAAUUUUGUCGAAAUCGAAAUAGACAAAAAGUGAGAUUAAUCGAACAACGCAAGCUAAUAAGUAUAAUAAUCAAGUUUAGUUACCAUUUUCUUUCCUUCAGAGAUUCAUGUACAUUCGUGUGCAUGCAAAAUUUUUAAAACAUAUGUAUAUGUAAAUAGGCGUAUAUAUGUAUAUAAUAUAUAUAAUAUAUAUAUAAUAUGUAUAUAAUAUAUAUAAUAUAUAUAUAUAAUAUAUAUAGCUUUUCUGUGAUGACGAACCUGAAUUUUAUGAACUUUCCGAGCUACAAAUAGGUUAAUACCUCCGUUUCCAUAGCGUGUGCGUGCGUGCGUGUAUUAUUAAUUCUAACGAAUUAUGCAUUUCCAAUUUAUUUGCACCACUAUUAUAUCAUAUAGUCUUAUAUCAAUAUCAAUACACGGUUAUACACGGAUAUUAUAAUUACAAUUCUUCUUCAAUUAUCGACGCAAUUUAUUUGUCCAGAUAUUAAUUAUUAAUCAUAGAAUUGGAAGACAUUUCUUAAAUCGUUAUUUUUUAAAUGUUCGAUCGAGAUUAAUUAACGGAUAAAUCGAAGAUUAAUAUUAAAAUUGAUAAGGAAAAAAAAAGAAAAAUCGAAGCGCGUAUAAUUCCUCCGGUAUAAGCUAAUUUUCUAGAAAAAAAUCACUCGUACAUUCGAACAAGUUAGUUUUCAGAAUUUUUACUUAGAACACACACUUGUGACUGUACGGGGCCUUCACACGAGAGAAAAAGAAAAAUUUCAAAAGUAUAUUUUCUUCGAAUAAAUAUACAAAAGAAAAAGAAAAAAAAAAAAGAAAUCCAUUCUUCGAUAUUUAAGAAAAGGAAAACAAACAUGUCUAUGUAUGAAUUACUCGUUUAUCCUUGCGUCUUAAUAUAUCUACGUAUAUACAUACAUAUAUAAAUCUAUCGGCACGUUUUGCCAAUUCGAGUAAUAAUUUAUUCUUUCAUGGUACAAUAACUAGUUCUACAGUGCAUGUGCUCGCGUUAUGGUAGCGUGAUUAUGCAUACGCGGCCUUACGAGAGGCGUUUACGAGAUGUAAUAAAAGUAAUAUUUUAUUAUGGAGACAAAAAAGAAAAAAAGAAAAAGAAAAAAAAAAAAACUGCAUUUCAAAUAUAUCGAAACCGAGUCGUGAGUGUGACUUUCGUCAAGUAGCUAUUAAGUAGUUAUUAAGACGAGGUGUAUGGGAUAAUAAUUUUUUGUAAAAGGACUAGUGAGAACUUCUAUAUUGUAUUUGUGAAAGCGGAGCGAAUUUACGUCUAACGUAUAUAACGAGGUUUUUAAAAUGCAUGCUGUUUUUUUGUUCAAGCGAACGAGAGGAUACGUUUCCCCACACGUGACGAAAGACGAUUUUGAGAAUUUAAUUAAAAUUGGUAUUGAUAAGUGUGUCCACCAAGUGUGUCUUAAAUGUUGAAUUUUCCUUCUCAAAGAUUUCUCUUGUUGACUGUUAACUCAAUAACAACCGGAACGUUCUCACUACCUCUUUAUUAAUAAGAUAUCCUAUUAUCCACGGUUGAUAACCUUGAAACAAUCGCUUAAACCGUUUGAAAGUGGCUUAAAGUCUACGCAGAAAGAAAAGAAAAAGGAAAAAAAACGAUGAUAAUUCGGUUUUACAACAUGAUGCAAACCCAAGUUCAAGAGAGUUUCUUUCUGAACUGUGAAACAGGGAAAUUCGAGCAAAAUCGUUCCUUUAGUUUUUACAUAUUCUAGAAUCUAGCAUAUAUAUUCUACAACUGUUGUACGUGGUCCAAAAGUGAUCCCCGUGAUCGCUGGUACUCUGGAUUUUCGUGGGCAAUUUUGGUAUUGUUUGUUUUGUUAAAUUAUAAAAAAAAAAAAAAUGAUCCAUUAUCUGUAAUUAAAUACACAAGUUAUUGCUUUUGUUAUUUUUUUUUAAGAAAAUAAUCGACUAUCGAUAAUCGGAUUUUCGUUAUGUGCGAUUAUUUUUGACAUUUAUUAUAGCAAUAACGUUUCGAUCGAAAAUAAUUUAACGUUUAUAUUAAACGUUGAUAUUUUUUUUUUUUUUUUUUUUUUUUUAGUAAAUGUUUCCAUUUAAAAUUAAUGCGCACGAUUAUCCUGCUAAAAGAACGGUUUUGUUACAAAGUUUAGUUACAAGCAAAUUUAUUCCAUUGCAAAUGGAACGCGAAGACUUACGUUAAGACUCCUUUUUAGACUUUAUUAGAACAACCCAUUUUUUGAAUUGUAUAAAUGUGUAUAUGUGCACACAGCUACACGUACUCAAGCAUACAUACAUACACACAUUCACGUAUAAACGUAUACUAUUCACACGUACAAAAAUAUAAAAAA